UGAAGAAAUGCUAGAUUUGGUUGUGUGAAAUGAAAUAUGAAACAAUAAUAAUAAGUGAAGGAGAAAUAAUGAAUGAAUAUGAAUAAGAAAGAAAAGGAAAAAAGUGAGGGUGGGUUCUGUACUGUCUAGGGCUGUCCCCCCCACCCAACACACAGUGUUUGUUUCUCUCUCCAAAGUCCAAAAGGCACUAAUACUAUUACUAUCUAUCCAUCACACAUUGGCUUUUGUUGUUUGUGAGCUUCCUAUGCAUUUGUCCAUGUCUGCUGCUCCCUCUUCUCACUACCUGCAAAUGAGGGGAGGAGGGGUUAGACAAUCAUACUUUGAAUCCCUUGUUAUCAUUUGAAUCAUCUUCUUUUUUCUCUAUCACUCUGUUUCUGUUCUGUUCUGUUGUGUUCUGUUUACAGUCCCAUUUCUCUGCUCCUCCCCUGUUUUGUGGUGCCCCUCCAAAAACAUGAAUUCCCCCUUUUCUUUUUUCAUGAUUUGACCUCAUUUCCCAUUCCCAUUUUCACUACACUUCCCUCUUUCUGGGUUUCCCCUUUUUAAAAUCCACUUGAUUACUUCCCUUCUUUAUCUUCUUUUUUUCCUUUUUAUAUUCUUCUUGCUUUAGUUACUUACUUACUUUCACUUUGAAGCCUCACUGAGAAAAACACCAAAAAAAAAAAAAACUUUUUUGUGUUCAUGGAAAUUGAUCUGAACCAUGCAGUGACUGAGGUUGAAAAGAAUGCAACUUGCAAUGGUGGCUGUCACAAAGAACAAGCAACUGCUUCUUGUGUGUGCUGUGUGCCAUCAUCAUCAUCAUCAUCAUCAUCAUCCACUGCUGUGUCUUCUUCUUCGUAUCUGGAGCUAUGGCAUGCUUGUGCUGGCCCUCUUACUUCUCUCCCAAAGAAGGGGAAUGUGGUUGUCUACUUCCCACAAGGGCACUUAGAGCAAGCUGCAUCUUUCUCUCCCUUCACACCAUUGGAGAUUCCAACACAUGAUCUUCAACCACAGAUCUUCUGUAGAGUUGUCAAUGUCCAACUACUUGCCAAUAAGGAGAAUGAUGAGGUUUACACACAGGUCACUUUGCUUCCCCAGGCUGAGUUGGCAGGGAUGGGGAAAGAGCUUCUUGAGGAAUUGGGAGCUGAUGAAGAAGGAAAUGGAAGAACACCUACAAAAACAACACCUCACAUGUUCUGCAAGACACUCACAGCCUCUGAUACAAGCACUCAUGGUGGUUUCUCUGUUCCUCGUAGAGCUGCUGAAGAUUGUUUUCCUCCUUUGGAUUAUAAGCAGCAGAGACCCUCUCAAGAGCUUAUUGCAAAAGACCUGCAUGGUGUGGAGUGGAAAUUUCGCCAUAUUUACAGAGGUCAGCCGAGGCGGCAUCUACUCACUACCGGAUGGAGUAUUUUCGUUAGCCAAAAGAAUCUUGUGUCCGGUGAUGCUGUGCUUUUCCUAAGGGGUGAAAAUGGAGAAUUGAGAUUGGGAAUCAGAAGAGCUGUUCGACCAAGAAAUGGUCUUCCUGAGUCUAUUGUUGGUAACCAGAGUUGUUAUCCCAAUUUCCUUUCUUCUGUGGCUAAUGCUAUAUCAGCAAAAAGCAUGUUUCAUGUUUUCUACAGUCCAAGGGCAAGUCAUGCAGAUUUUGUUGUAUCCUAUCAAAAGUAUGCCAAAAGCAUCAAGAAUCCGGUGACCAUUGGCACAAGAUUCAAAAUGAAAUUUGAAAUGGAUGAAUCACCUGAAAGAAGGUCAACAGUGGCAAUAGCUAUGAAUAUUUUAGCUGCAUAUCUCUCACGAAAAUUUAUAUCCUGUGAGGAACAUGAAUCAAUCUUCUUACCUUGCAGGUGUACUAGUGGUAUAGUGACUGGAAUGAGUGAUUUGGAUCCAUACAGAUGGCCUAAAUCAAAAUGGAGGUGCUUAAUGGUCAGAUGGGAUGAGGAUAUGGAGACUAAUCAUCAGGAUCGAGUAUCUCCGUGGGAGAUCGAUCCUUCGGCUUCUCUCCCUCCAUUGAGCAUGCAGUGUUCCCCAAGGCUGAAGAAACUGCGGACAGGUCUGCAGGCUGCAUCAUCCAGUCACCUCAUCACUGGAGGCACUGGGUUUAUGGACUUGGAGGAGUCUGUAAGAUCGCCCAAGGUCUUGCAAGGUCAAGAAAAUACAGGUUUUAUGUCCCUAUAUUUUGGACGUGACACAGUAACUAAGCAGCCAGGUUUUGAGAUCAGUUCUCCCAAUCAUCCGAAUCUUGCAUCGGCCGGAGCAAGAAAGAUGACUGCUGCUGAGCUUAUGAGGGUUCACCCUCCUACUUAUGCAGGCUUCGUGGAACCUAAUAAUAGGUUUCCGAGGGUCUUGCAAGGUCAAGAAAUAUGUCCACUAAGGUCCCUGACAGGGAAGGUUGAUAUGAACCUCGGUGCUUGGGGUAAUAAACCAAGUAGUGCAAGUUGCACAACUUUCAACCUGCAUCAAGCUACCAGACCAAAAUUUGAUUCUUUAGGAUCAGAAGUCCUUCAAACUGCGUAUUUUCCUUAUGGUGAUAUUCACAAAGCUGGUCAUGGUAGCAGCAUGUUGUGCUCUAAACCGUCGAGUUUCCAAAGAGAUAUUGCGCCGUUUAACACUCCUCUUACUCAGGCAGGGAUAAUUAGAAAUGAAAUUGGAAGGUCUGGCCCUUCAAUCAUGCAUGAGCAGAAGCUGCCGGAGAAUGUUUCCGCGGUUUCUUCUUUAGGGGGAAACAGCAUGAGGAUGCCAGUUCCGGAUGAAGAGAAUCUCAAGGGGAAGAUAAAUGGAUGUAAACUAUUUGGAGUUGCCUUGUCUGGAGAAACUACCACCCAAAAUGCUAAAAGGAGCUGCACAAAGGUUCACAAGCAAGGCAGCUUAGUUGGAAGAGCAAUCGAUCUCUCAAGAUUGAGCAGCUACACUGAUCUCUUCACUGAACUUGAGAGACUCUUUGGCAUGGAAGGCCUACUAAGAGAUCCUGAUAAGGGAUGGAGGAUCCUGUACACCGACAGCGAAAACGACAUCAUGGUUGUCGGGGAUGACCCAUGGCAUGAGUUCUGCAAUGUGGUAUCAAAGAUUCAUAUAUAUACACAAGAGGAAGUGGAGAAGAUGACAAUUGGGAUUAUCAGUGAUGAUACACAGAGCUGUUUGGAACAGGCACCAGUCAAUAUGGAGGCUUCUAAGUCUUCCUCGGUGGGUCAGCCAGAUUCUUCCCCAACAGUAGUUAGAGUCUAGUGUCGGGUUGCCUUUUUGUGUUUGCCCUCUUCUUUUCCUUUAUUUGCAAUAUAAUUGAAUGCAAUUUUCAUCUGUUGAUGCAAAGAUUGAUUACUACAAGAUGCGUUAGAGAACUGAAUUAUGUAAUAAGGCCGUUAUUUACCGCUGAGGCGUUAACUAAGCUUGACAUACUGUGGAAUAAUAAUCUUAGGCUCCGAGUCCAAUAUAACAACGCAAUAUGGAGAACAAUUUAGGACCUGACCAAGUGCGAACGUAAUACCAACAUUCUAGGACCUGACCAAGCGCGAACCUAGUACCAUUAACCACUGUCCGUGAUCCCGGUGAUUUAGGAUAUAUUCAUUUUUCACAAAACUAUUUUACUUUUCCUGAUUUCGUUUCUUAUUUCUGGCCUUCAGGCUAAAAGCCAUACAAUGAGUACGAAAGAACCUUUUUUUAGUUAGGCCCAAGAAUCAAGAUGGAGGCAUUGCUUCGUUCAUUUUCUUCGGAGAGGAGGCAACAGAAUAGCAGUAACUAGUAAGGUGAGUGAACUUUUGGACUUCAAUGCUUGCCUCCCCUGCUCUGGUUCCAUGCCACUUUAACUUGCACACUGUUCGACGGCCAAACAAUUCAACUCAAGAAAUAUGUUCUUCAAACAGAGACCAUCAAUUUCAAGGAGGAGAGAGUACCACUUAAUCACUUAUCUACCAGUUUCCUUUACAAACGGGUAAAUCAUAUAUUACAAAAUUGGGCAUAUAGCUGGGGGUGAUUGAGAUAAACCUACUUCUGAAUUCUGAUAUUUUACUAGAGAAUCCGAUGGCUAUACAUUUACAGGUAAUUUGCUCUCAGCAGAGCCAAAAUUGAAGAUAAAAUAUUCUCAAUGCAGAACUCCCCACCAUAUCAAAAUGAACUACGUCCAUCCAGACAAUGUAGCAUGCCUAGUUGAUAACACGAAUUAUAUAGCCUGCGACGGACC